CUGACAGUCAAACAAACAUGCUGUACAUUAGUUACUAAAAUUACAUUGGGACUACGUGUUUAGGAUUUUUGCAAGUCUUGUUGGUCUCAGUGUCCUCCAGAAAUCAUGCCACCCGCCAUAUCUGGUGAAAUAAACCACUGGUGGAGACAAAUGAGGUUCCGCCUUCAGCAUAAAAAGGGAUGGAAUGAAAUGUUGGAUGAGACCUUCCUAAUGCAGACCAAAAGAGUAAACGACAUCCCCCUGUUUUCCGCCACUAAGGAGAACAAUGCAGCCUGCAUAAAGAAGCUGCUUGACUGUUCAUCUACUGAUAUCUUUGAGAGAGGUGAGCUUGGAGAGACAGCUCUGCAUGUUGCUGUGAUGAAUGAUAACUUUGAAGCAGCUGUGGCUUUAAUGAAUGGAGCCCCGGAGCUCAUCAAUGAGCCUAUGACAUCUGAACUCUACCAUGGUUUAACAGCCCUUCACAUCGCUGUGAUUAAUCAGAAUCCUAACUUAAUCUGGGAGAUGAUAAAAAGAGGAGCUGAUGUGACGACACCCAGAGUCACAGGCAUGUACUUCCGCAAAAGAAGAGAAGGCCUGUUUUACUAUGGUGAACACAUCCUGGCAUUUGCAGCCUGUGUGGGUAAUAAAGACAUUAUGUCCAUGCUGAUAAAAGCUGGGGCUAAUAUUCGGGCUCAGGAUUCCCGGGGCAACACCAUCCUGCACCUGUUGGUUUUGCAGCCCAAUAAAGCAACUGCAUGUCAGAUAUUUGACUUCUUGCUGGCUCAGGAUGCAGAUCAGGACUCCGGUCUCCCUCUAGACAUGGUCCCAAACUACAAAGGCCUCACACCAUUCAAACUUGCUGCGAGAGAUGGCAACGUUGUGGUCUUCCAGCACUUGGUCAACCGCAGAAAGGUUGUUCAGUGGAGUCUGGGACCAGUGUCCUCCUACCUCUAUGACCUGACAGAGAUCGACUCCAGGGUGGAUGAACAGUCAGUGCUUGAGAUUAUUGCCACCAGUCACAAAAAAGAGGCCAGAAGAAUCCUUGAGUUGACUCCAGUGCGACAGCUCAUCACGCUCAAGUGGAAUCUGUAUGGGAAACAUUACUUCAGGUCGCUUAUGGUGAUCUACCUGGUGUACAUUAGCAUAUUCACUGUGUGUUGUAUAAACCGCCCCCUGAAGGACAUUCCUGCGAAUUACACCAAAGCGGACAACGACCACACCAUAAAAGUGAAAAAGACCUUCAAGGAGAGCUAUCAGACAUAUACAGAUCAACUGCGUCUAAUUGGAGAAAUAAUCAGUCUUAUUGGAGCCAUCAUUAUACUGCUGAUAGAGAUCCCCGGUAUUUUGGCAGUGGGGGUUAAACGCUUUUUUGGCCAGACUGCCCUUGGUGGCCUCUUCCAUGUCACUUUGAUUAGCUACGCUUUGCUGGUUUUGCUUUUGUGUGGGCUGCGAGUCACUGGAAUACAAGGAGAAUUGAUUCCGAUGGCCUUUUCUCUGAUUCUUGGCUGGUUCAGCCUUGUGUACUUUGCCCGAGGUUUUGAGAUGCUGGGACCUUACGUCAUUGUGAUACAGAAGUCAAUAUUUGGAGAUAUAACAAAGUUCAUGUGGUUGUCCAUCAUCUUCCUCAUUGGAUCUUCUGCUGCCUUGUGGAUUUUCUACAUGACUCAGGAACCCUUAGCUCUUCCGCAGUACCGCUCGUUCCCCAUCACCCUCUUCUCUCAGUUUGAGGUGAGCGUCGGUCAGAUUGAUUUGCCAGUGGACCACACACUCUUCACCCAUCCAGUGGUGUAUUGGACUCACGUCUGCUUCAGCUUGAUCUCUAACGUCCUCCUGUUUAAUCUCCUGGUCGCCAUGAUGAGUGACACUCAGUGGAGAGUAACUCAAGAACGUGAUGAACUCUGGAGGACGCAGGUGGUGGCCACUACUCUGAUGCUUGAACGAAAGUUGCCACAGCGCCUGUGGCCAAGAUUGGGUGUCUGUGGUCUGAUGUUUGGGCUUGGAGAGCGCUGGUAUCUCCGAGUGGAGGAUCGCAAUGACAUAAUGGCCCAGAAGUUGAAACGCUACAUCGAUGCAUUCUCAACAGAUGUAAAAGCACCCAAAGAGGAGAAACCUUCUAAGAGUGAUGGAGAGCUAAGCAUUACUGAGAGCAACAAAGAAAAAUCGAAGAAAUCAAAAGAGCGUUGGAGUCUCAUUCGCAAGAGUAUAGAGUGUGAAAAGGAAGAAUGUGUGGAUUGUCCAAAUUUCAGGUUUCUCUAAAAAGCGCUCAGGAUUUAGUAACAUUUAAGUUACUAAAAGGGUACUAGUAUUAAAAGGGUUCCUGUUAAGUUAUUCUGAAUUAUCUUAGUGUUGUAUAAUAUGCAAAUAUAUAGGUGUGCACCAUCAAUACUGGUAAAUAUAAAGGUGGAAGU